UUAUAAUUGACAACAAUUGCAUCAAAAGUGGAUCAAUUGGGGAGUCAUUCACUACAACGCGAUCUUCAAAAUCUGAGCCUACAUUCUGGUGGAAGAGAUCGUGAUUUAGGCGAUUGGUUACGACUACGAGAGUCGGUUCUGGUGGACAUCAGUGGCAUCAGUGGUCUAAUGCCUCCAAUGCCUCCGAGGCGUAGGAAAUACAAUAUAGACGUCUGUGAAGAAGAGAAAUCCAAUUCUAAACGCAUUAAGACUUCAAUUAUGAGUUCCGAC